GUUUGUACAAGUAUGUAUAUAUAUCCACUAACUGAGUCCCUUUCCUCAAUCGUAUAAUAUCUUAAAGACCUUACGGUUGGAUAUCAAUUAAAAAGACACUAUUAAAUGUUUAUAGCAGGUACAUUUAACGAGAAAAGAAAGAACUUCUACUAUCAGCUAAGAGAGGGAACUAAAAUCAGUUUUUUGUAAAAUCUGAAAACUGGAAUUACAACCUUAUUAUGAUGAUGGCCGGCAACCGCCAUCAGAACAUGCAGAUGAUUGUCUCACGUUGGCAACGUAAACUUGGAGCUAUAAGUUUCGGGGGAUAACUGUAUAUAGUAAAGCAUGAAGUAAUGAUCGUCUCUUUAUGAUAAGAAUUAAAAAAAAAAGACAGCUAGACAUACCAGCUUGUACACGCUGGACUAUAAUUUACACGCCUUUCAGCCUAAUAUUCCAACUGGUGGAGAGUACAUUGGAGGGAAUGAACAUUGUUGAUGAGGAUGAUGUUAAAAUGAAACAAUUAAAAGAAAAUGAUGGUAGUUCGACAGACUUUCAUAGUGGACUUCUCGAGGAGGUCUAUACACAAAACCACAGAAGGUACCGGAAGCGCAUGCUGAUUGUCAUUUUAAUAAUACUUGUGAUAGCUGCUGCUUCUGCUGUUGGAAUAGUUGUCGGGAAAGCUUCUGAUAGCUCUAACACUGAGACUAAGCCAAAGACCAAGAAAAUUAAAGGUGACGAAACAGGAAUAACGAAUAAUGUUAUAAAAAUAGAGGGCAACGACACUAAACUGUCAAAAUCAGGUGAUCGUGUUAUAUCUUGUCUAUUCCACGAUAUGAGUGACAAGAAUGUCAAUCCAUUUAUUGACACAUGCAAAAUUGGUAGCCAAGAAGUGAAUGAUACAUGCAAUAAAUCUCCGCACAGUUGUAAAGAUUGUUGUGAAGACUGUAGAAUGAUUUUACCAAUCAUAUGCUUUUGUGAUGAGGUUCUUCACUGUCCAGAUAAUAACAGCGAUAGACCGGCGAAGAUGGAAUAUGAUAAGUGUAAAGGUGAUUAUUGUCCAUGUCGAAAUGGAGGCAAUUGUAGUUCUAAAGUUUCACCUAAACGAGCAACCGCAAAAGAUAUAAUAUGCUCUUGUCCUAAAGGAUUCAGCGGUCAUUAUUGUCAACAUAAACCAAACAGGAUUUGUGAAGAACAAUUGAGUACCAGUAUGUUAAAAACUAAAAAUUGCAGUAAAAAAUAUGAUGCGAAGAAUAAUGAUGCGAAGUGUCAUAUUUCACAAAACAAUACCAUUUUCAUCUGUAAAAUUCCCAAAGAUCCAUCUGAAACUCAUAACAUACCUAACUGUACCGACGGUUGAUAGUGUUGGCGUAGAUUUAAAUAUUUUCCAUCUGCUAUACUCUAAACUGAUAAUGAUUCACCAAACAACACAAUAAUGCAAUACACCUUAUCGCUAUUUGUCCGCCAUUACUGUAUAUCACACAGGUUCCGGUAAAAUUUUAACAUCAGAAAACAAAAUAUAUGACGCCACAAUGGAAAAGUGAUUGUUGCAUGCGUCAAAAGUUCAAGCGGCCGGUUCAGCCGGGAUUAGCGAUAAGGUGUAUGAUGCCAGUGAAUAGACAAUGAUGCCAGUAAAUAGAUAAUACUUUUAGUCUUUUUGUUG